CUUGUGGUCGCCUACGGAGCCGCCUACUAGGGGACACCCAACGCCGGAGCGAGGCUGUGAGCCCCUGGCGGUGCUUUUGGCGAGCUCCGGGGUCUAACUGCGCGCGUCGGGGCUCUGGGCCGUGGCUCCCGGGGCGACCCUCCGUGGAGGGAGCCUUGGCGCCGUGCGCCCCACCCGGUACCCGGCUCCCGAGCUCGCCGGGGCCGCGGACGAGCGUCCCUCGGAGCGCUGCGGUCUGCGCCGGGCUUAGGAAAAUUGCCGUGCGGGUACCGGGGCUUUGUGAGGGCAGAGCCUGCGUCCGACAGCCUUAGUAAUUUACGGCGGAGCACAAAUUGGUGUAAGACGGGAGCGCCAGGAGCUUCUCGAAGAGGCCAAGAAGAUGGAGAUGGCCAAGUUCCGGUACAUCCUGCCCGUGUACGGCAUUUGCCGGGAGCCCGUGGGCCUGGUCAUGGAGUACAUGGAGACCGGCUCGCUGGAGAAGCUGCUGGCCUCCGAGCCGCUGCCCUGGGAGCUGCGCUUCCGCAUCGUUCACGAGACGGCCGUGGGCAUGAACUUCCUGCACUGCAUGGCCCCGCCCCUCUUGCACCUGGACCUCAAGCCGGCCAACAUCCUGCUGGACGCGCACUACCACGUCAAGAUUUCCGACUUUGGGCUGGCCAAGUGCAACGGGUUGUCCCACUCGCACGACCUCAGCAUGGACGGCCUGUUCGGCACCAUCGCCUACCUCCCUCCGGAGCGCAUCCGAGAGAAAAGCCGGCUCUUUGACACCAAGCAUGAUGUGUACAGCUUUGCCAUCGUGCUGUGGGGUGUGCUCACGCAGAAGAAGCCGUUUGCAGAUGAGAAGAACAUCCUGCACAUCAUGGUGAAGGUGGUGAAGGGCCACCGGCCCGAGCUGCCGCCGGUCUGCCGAGCCCGGCCCCGCGCCUGCAGCAGCCUCAUCCGCCUCAUGCAGCGCUGUUGGCACGAGGACCCACGGGCCCGGCCCACCUUCCAGGAAAUCACUUCGGAGACCGAGGACCUGUGCGAGAAGCCGGACGAUGAGGUGAAGGACGCGUCUCCUGCGCCCGACGUGCCAAGUCCCCUGGAGCCCACCAGCCAGGCGGCUCCCGCUGUGUCGGCGCCCCUCAAGCGAGCCUCGGCCCCCGCCUUUGACAAUGACUGCAGCCUGUCUGAGUUGCUGUCGCAGCUGGACUCCGGCCUCGCCCAGACCCCCGAGCAGCCCGAGGAGCUCAGCCGCAGCUCCUCCGAGUCCAGGCUCCCGUCCUCCAGCAGCGGCAAGAGGCUCUCGGGCGUGUCUUCCGUGGACUCGGCCUUCUCCUCCCGAGGCUCGCUCUCGCUGUCUUUCGAGCGGGAACCCUGCACAAGCGAACUGGGCACCACAGACAUCCAGAAGAAGAAGCUGGUGGAUGCCAUUGUAUCUGGGGACACCGGCAAGCUGAUGAAGAUCCUGCAGCCACAGGACGUGGACUUGGUCCUGGACGGCAGCGCCAGCCUGCUGCACUUGGCUGUGGAAGCCGGCCAGGAGGAGUGCGUCAAGUGGCUGCUGCUCAACAACGCCAACCCCAACCUGACCAACCGGAAGGGCUCCACACCGCUGCACGUGGCCGUGGAGAGGAGAGUGCGUGGCGUCGUGGAGCUGCUGCUAGCCCGCAAGAUCAGCAUCAACGCCAAGGACGAGGACCAGUGGACGGCGCUGCACUUCGCGGCACAGAACGGCGACGCGGGCAGCGCACGUCUGCUGCUGGAGAAGAAUGCCUCGGCCAGCGAGGUGGACUUUGAGGGCCGCACACCCAUGCACGUGGCCUGCCAGCAUGGCCAGGAGAACAUCGUGCGCCUCCUGUUGAGGCGCGGCGUGGAUGUGAGCCUGCAGGGCAAGGACGCCUGGGUGCCGCUGCACUACGCCGCCUGGCAGGGCCACCUGCCCAUUGUCAAGCUGCUGGCCAAGCAGCCGGGCGCUAGCGUGAACGCCCAGACCCUGGACGGCAGGACGCCCCUGCACCUGGCUGCCCAGCGGGGCCACUACCGCGUGGCUCGCAUGCUGCUCGACCUCGGCUCCGACGUCAAUGUUCGCAGCCUCCGGGCCCAGACUCCCUUGCACGUGGCGGCCGAGACGGGCCACACCAGCACCACACGGCUGCUCCUGCACCGUGGUGCUGGCAAGGAGGCUGUGACCGCAGAGGGCUGCACCGCCUUGCACCUGGCGGCCCGCAACGGACACCUGGCCACCGUGAAGCUGCUGCUGGAGGAGCAGGCCGAUGUGCUGGCCCGGGGGCCCCUGAGCCAGACAGCCCUGCACCUGGCUGCUGCCCACGGGCAUUCGGAGGUGGUGGAGGAACUGGUCAGUGCUGAGCUCAUCGACCUGGCGGAUGCCCAGGGCCUCAGUGCCCUGCACCUGGCCGCCCAGGGCCGGCACGCGCAGACCGUGGAGACGCUGCUCCGACAUGGGGCCCACAUCAACCUGCAGAGCCUCAAGUUCCAGGGCAGCCACAGCCCCACGGCCACACUCCUGAGGCGGAAUAAGACCUAGCCCAGCCACCCCAGCACCCUCUGGGAGACGGGCAGGGUCUGUGUGAGCUGCUUGUCCUGCCCUGUUGGCGGCU